UGACUAAACUAAUUGUAAUGGUUUCCUCUUUGAUUGAGCCCCGAUCUGUCUCUAUUUGCAGCGGCAACUGAGAAGGAAAGUGAAAGUAAAAGGCUGCUGCUAAUGGCUUCUGAUCAGUUUCCCGGUCACCGGGUUUUGCCGAUUGCGAUCUGUGCUGUAGCAUCGGUCCUCGUCUCCGUCUACCUGGGCACCCGUUUCUUCCGCAAGAAGAGGCCGGAAAAUGGUAAUGGUAACUCCCCCGGUACGAUGAACACAAAUGUUUCUCAGCAGGACGGGACAGCCGGAACUGAGAUAGGCCAUGAGUUUGAAGUCUUUUUGAGCUUCAGGGGCUCCGACAACCGCAAGUCAUUCACCGACUACCUCUACCAUAGCCUGACAGAUGCAGGGGUUCGGACCUUCAGAGACAAUGAGGAGCUCCGUGUCGGGGAGGAGAUUGGCCCAAAGCUCAUGAAAUCGAUCCAGCAGUCAAAGAUCUUCAUCCCCAUCUUCUCCAGAGAUUAUGCUUCCAGCAAGUGGUGCCUCAAGGAGGUGACGGAGAUGGUGAAGUGCAUGAAGGAGAACAAACGAUCGAUCAUGCCUAUCUUCCUGGACGUCACACCGGACGAAGUUCAGCAUCAAUCGGGGGGUUAUGCUAAAUCUUUCUCUGCGCACGAGAACAGGUUCGGUGUCGAGGUGGUUCAGGUGUGGAGGGCUGCUCUGAGAGAAGUCGUGAAAUUGAAGGGUUUGGAACUUGACACAGUGGCAAACGGACACGAGGGAGAGUUCAUAAAGUUGAUCGUAGCAACAGUACUUGCGGAACUGAAGAAGGCUAACUUGGACAUGAGUAAGGUCUUGGUUGGAAUUGAUGAUCGGGUGAAGGAAGUCAUGAAGCUAUUAGAGGUUGGUGGGAAUGAUGUCCGGAUUGUAGGGAUCUGGGGCAUGGGUGGCAUUGGAAAGACAACUCUUGCCAAGCUCAUCUACAACCAAAUCGUGGAGAAUUUUGAGCAAUCAUCCUUCCUCAAUGACAUCCGAGAAACAUCCCGAACUCCCAGAGGUCUCCAAUACUUGCAAAGUAGACUAGUAUCUGACAUAUUAAGGCGGGAUCGUGAAGAAUACGCCAAUGUCGAGGAAGGAAUCAAUGUGCUCAAGAAUAGACUUCGUUACAAGAAAGCGCUUAUUCUUCUGGAUGAUGUUGAUCAUGUCAAACAGCUUAAAGCUCUAGCAGGAGACGUCCAUUGGUUUGCUCGAGGAAGCAGGAUUAUUGUCACAACUAGAGAAAAGGAGAUUCUAGAUCAAUUUCAAGUGCGGGAUACUUAUGAGGUUACACUACUAAACAAAGAUCAAGCUUUCGACCUCUUCUGCAAGCAUGCAUUUAGAGAUGACACGCGCAAAGCUGACUUUGUCACACAAUCUUGGGAUAUUGUGAACAUAACAGGAAAGCUUCCUCUAGCACUUGAGGUCAUUGGAUCAUUUUUAUCUUACUAUAGUGGAAGAAAGGAUAUAUGGGAUAGUACGAUAGAGCUGUUGAAAAGGAAACCUACCAUGGACGUCCAAGAUAAGUUGAAGAUCAGCUAUGACUGCUUAGAUCUUGAGCAGAAAGAAAUGUUUCUUGAUAUUGCUUGUUUCUUCAUCGGGGUGGAUAUUAGGCUUCUUAUUCCAAUGUGGGAUGACUGCAAGUUCUUUCCCAAAGUUGGAAUUGAAAUCCUCCUGCUGAAGUCUCUAAUUAAAAUCCAGGAUGACAACACGAUACAGAUGCAUGAUCAGCUCAGAGACCUCGGGAGGCGAAUUGUUGAACAAGAAAGCUACAGGGAUUUAGGGUCACGGAGCAGGCUGUGGCGCAGUGAAGAAGCAAUGGACUUAUUAGCAGAACAGCAGGGAGCAUCAAAAGUUGAAGCCAUCAGUCUCGAAGGAUACCACUUCACAGAGGAAGAAGAAUGUCUCACGGAUGAUAUGUUCAUGAAUAUGCCUAGGCUGAGGAUUCUUGAACUCGGUAGUGCUAAACUGGAUGGAAACUUUCGGCACCGUUUCCGUCAGCUAAGGUGGUUGAGUUGGCAGGAACAGAACAUAUCCACCCCUGCCAAUUUAUAUCUAAAGAAGCUAGUUCUUCUUGAUCUAUCACGGAGCUUGAUAGAUGAGGACUGGAUUGGUUGGAGCUCGAUCAAGAUCGGGUUGAACCUAAAAGUUCUUAAUCUCACGGAUUGCCCAAUAAAUAGAACUCCUAAUUUCUCGUCAUUUCCAAGGUUAGAGAGAUUGAUUCUUGAAGCCUGCAAAAAUUUGGUUUCGGUCGACCCAUCGAUAAGGCUUCUCAAGUUUCUGGUCUCCCUAAACCUAAGGAAAUGCUCGAGAUUAGUGGAGUUGCCAGAGCAACUGGGCCACCUGGAGGAAUUGACUGAGCUUCUCAUCGACGCGACUUGUAUAAGGGAAUUACCGAUAUCAAGAGGUAUGAAGAAGCUUGAGGUUAUAUCCGCAAAUAGCUGUGAAUCUCUCAAUCGAAUCCCAGAGUCAGUGAUAUCGCUCGUGAAACUGAAGCAAUUGUCAUUAGAGUACUGCAAAAGCUUGAAGGAGCUUCCGGAAUCCAUUGGGCAGCUACCCUCAUUGGUUGAGCUGACCUUGUCACAUAGUGGAAUCAAGCAAUUGCCUCUCUCCGUGGGAAAUCUAUAUAAUUUGGAAUUGCUCAAGAUUGAUUCCACUGAGAUAACUCGUUUACCAGAUGACCUUGGAGCUCUAGAAAAGCUUGAAGUGCUUGACGCUUCAUGGUGUCCUCUGGAGGGAGGAAUUCCCUCUGGACUUGGGAGCCUGCCAUAUUUGAAGGUCUUGAAGUUAGAUGGGCUUAAGAGCCUUCCGGCAGGUAUGAGUGGUCUUUCUCGUCUGCAAAGUCUUCGCUUAGGAGAAUGCCAGCAUCUUCCGGCCAUUCCUAAGCUUCCUUCUAGCUUAGCUAGUCUAACAGUCGAAGGCUUGUCAAUGGGCAGUUCCCCGGACCUCUCGGACUUGGUCAAUCUGAAACGGUUGCAUCUGUCCGGGGAUUUCGAGCUUGAGGAGGAAAGACUGAGGAGGUUAUGGAAAUUGGAGAAGUUGUUUUUGAAGUCGGUUAAGUUCAGUACCUUACCAGAACAGAUAGCUACCUUCUCUCAGCUUAAGGAAAUUCAUAUUUCGGACUGCAGGGAACUCAAAUGCCUUCCUCCACUUCCCUCGAGUCUAUAUUCUCUUACUGUUAAUGGUUGCAGUUCGCUUCAGAGGUUACCAAACAUUUCAAACCUGACGAAUCUGUCACAGUUACACGUGAAUUCCUGCUCUUCCCUCACGGAAAUUGAAGGCCUCGGGGGUCUCAUGUCCCUGAGAAUUUUGUGGACAUCUGGCAGCCCUUUAACUAACCUCGAUGGUCUCGAGAGGCUGGAGUCUUUAACUGAAUUGUCUGUUGCUUCUUGUGAAGUUGAAAGACUGCCCAACUUAUCCAAUUUAUGGAAUUUGCGGCAUCUAGAUGUCUCAGCUAGCAUACAGCUAGUUGAGGUCCAAGGUCUUGGCAGCCUGCAUCAGUUAGGAUAUGUAGACUUCUCCCACUGUACAUCCCUCGAGCUGUUACCCGAACUACCUAACUGUUUGAAGUACUUGCACCUCCAACACUGCGAGAAAUUGCGCCAGCUAAAGGGGCUCGAGGAAUUGGAGUCUUUGCUGGAGUUGGACAUAAGUGGGUGCAGAGCAAUUGAGAAGUUACCGGACCUGUCAAAGUUGCAGAGGUUAGAGUACCUGAGAAUGGAAGGGUGCGAGAAUGUCACAGAAAUUCCAGGUUUCAAGGAACUGAGCAACUUGAAAGUUUUGAGUGUUUUCGGAUGCAAAGCAUUGAAGUUGCCGGAUCUGUCGGAGAUGCAGCUUAAUGGGCUAAAGGUAGAAGCUUCAAGGUGAGAUCACAGCACGGACUAACAUAGGUAGGCCGAAAAUACUCACAGAACUGCUACUCACCUGAUAUGAGAUCUAUGAUCUUUCUACUCUCGUCAUUCACCUGAAAGCAAGGCAGGAAUCUUCUCGCAGCUGAAGCAUUUUAUUUCCUAUGCUAAUUUUCUGUAAAACUUCAGUUUUUAUAUGCUUUUCAUGACUUCCUUUACAUAGAUUGGUCAAGUUCCGUUGCA